GCUUGAACCACUCCAUGAGAUUAAAUCAAUCUUCAUUUCUCUGAGUGUACAUUGAGCUGAAAGUGACGAUGGUUUCUUUCUGUUGAAAACGAACCAUCCAACCGCUCACCCUAUUGCGUCUACUGAUAUUGUUUGCCCAAAGAGGCGACGGAACGAUUUUACAGUUGUCUGACCACUGCUUCAAAAUGACCCAGAUAUCUUACCAGUUUCCUAGAGUUUGCUAUAUACACAACGUUAUUGAGUUCUUCUGCUUUUUCCAUUCCUACUGGCACAUACGCUUAAGGUGUGGUCAAUGAAUACCAAGGGUUGCUGUUUGUGUGAGGAAAUGCUAUUGACCCAAAAGUUUCGAUUCGAGUUUGGAUUUUUAUGAGCGUACAUACAAAAGUCAUUUAAAGUAUCGAGACAAAAAGAAGGUCCGUUGUUGCAAAGGAACAGGUGAUGGCUUCCGUAUUCACUUACGACCCGGACCCUCCAAGGGUGUCUUCUCCCUGGUCCACACCAGGAUCAACCACCCCGAAUCUCCGGAAGACCGCUAGUGGAUAUUUGAGUACUGGCUCACAUGAUACCAAUGCGCCGGAUCCCAGCGAUCCCAGCUAUUUGACGUACCAUGGCAUCUCGAAGCUCGAUGUUGAACCUCAGGAUGGGCCGACAGAGUACAAACUGCACUUGUUAUUGCGUUCUCGCCGUUCUUUUCUCUCUUUGUCAACGGGAAGUUUAAUCUCGGGCUCAAAUCAUUCUAAAUCAGCGCAGGACGUGGAGCAAUUGGAUUCAGCGUCCAAGCCACUGUCGUCGUCAAGCCAAACGAGGCAGCAUAGAUUGCAUCAACUUACAACCCAGCUGCUAUGGCGUCUACAGCAAUCUUCCCCGUUUCACUCAGCUUCUACUACGGUGGACUUAGUGUUGCCCGUGUUGCCCGAAGCAACUCCCACGCUGAACGUUCCAAAUGCUUUAGCACCCCUCCUUCCAGGGCUUGAAGAGAGCCAGGGUGCCCUGUAUGAAAUAGGAGUGUCUGACGACGGAACUUUCGUUGGACUGGCUGAAGACGAGCUCGAAGAAAGUCUGGUCAAUCUUCGAGCUAUGGCCGCGAGCCUGGGAUGUACAGUUGAAGUUUUGAGAAAGGUUGCAGUAGGGUAUUGUGAGUGGGCUGAAUCGGGAACGGAUAACCAUAACCCCGUGACGGUUAGGGAUAAGCUAUGGGUGGCGGAAGCCUUGGUACGGCCAGAUCUGAGAAACGAUGACGAUCAGCACCCGGGAAGUGAUGUUUUACAAUCCGAGACGGAGAACAUGGCUCUAAUGCGUAAGGUACCUGACAUCUCGCGGUCUACCGAGCAGCUAUAUGUCGCUCUCGUUGGCCCCUUCGGUGCCGGAAAAUCUUCCCUGUUGGGGAUAUUAUCCACAUCGUCGUUUGAUAAUGGGCGAGGGAAAAUCCGGAUUAGUCUUCUGAAGCAUCCACACGAAAUUGCUUCGGGAGUCACAAGCUCUGUUGCUCAGGAAUUGAUUGGAUAUUCUGCACAAGGGGGCUGUGUCCUGGGUGAAACUCCCAGUGUUGUCAAUUACGCUUCUGGAAAUGUUAGUGCCUGGAAUGAUAUCCAUGCGACUGCAGCUGGUGGCCGGCUCGCCUUCCUGUCUGAUCUUCCAGGGUCUCUCCGAUAUAGCAAGUCAACCCUUCGAGGGUUGAUGAGUUGGGAACCUCAUUAUGUUUGCCUUUGUACACCCGCAGAUGGUUCGAGGAGUGCAGAGCGAGGAGAGAUGGUCGAAGCCGACCUGACUCUUUCGUACCUUGAUCUAUGUCUGAAAUUGGAUCUUCCUGUUGUGCUUGUCGUUACAAAAGUCGAUCUUGGAACCCAGCUUGUGAAGCGUACCUUGAACCCGAUUUUAUCUGCUAUUAAAGCAGCGGGGAGGAAGCCUGUUUUACUUUAUCGUUCCAGUGAAAUCCCGAAGCCCAACCCUGAUCUCCAAAAAAUAUCCGCAAGUGACCAAGAAAUAGUUGAUUCGGCAAUAGCCUCGAUCAAUGAUGGUGCUAUUGAAGACGUCGUUCCAAUUGUCCUUACAAGUGCAGUGACAGGAGCUGGCAUUGGCCACUUACAUGCUUUACUUCGUUCUCUGCCACUCCCUCGACGCUCUUCACCCAAACCUACCGCCAUGGCUCGGAAUUGUCAUUGUGAGAAGAUCCUCGACAUCAACGAUGUGUUCGAGAUGCCACUGUCGAAGGUCUAUUCAGCUUCAAGCGAGAAUGACCAUCGAAACGACAGAGGAAUAAUACUCUGUGGCCGUAUUCGUCGAGGUAUGAUUUCAGUCGGAGAUUGCCUGGUUGUUGGGCCGUUGCAGCCGGAUUCAAAACUAGAAAACAAAGCUGGUGAUAACCUUAGCCAACGGCCGAGGGCAACUUGCAGUAAAUCAUUCCCUGAUAACCUUACAUCUCUUCGGCUCCAGAGGCUACAGCAUCAUACUUCUCAGACUCAUGUUGAAACGUACUGGCAAGAAGUCCGUAUCGUCAGCGUCCGAAACCUUAGACAGCCAGUUAAGUCUCUUUACGAGCAUCAGAUUGGGACGAUUGGAAUCGAUCCUGUCAACCCACAUGCUUGUCUGGGCAGAAUUCGCAAAGGAAUGAUCCUUGCAUCUUUCAAAGUUUCGGCAGAAUCCCAUGCUCCCUUUCCGGUUGCUCAGCCCUAUUUCCAUACUGGCUUUAUUGCCUCUUUUCCGGCUUCCAAUUUCUCCGAGCUACCAUCUGCGGUUACUAUCGGAAGCAAUAUGAUAAUCUAUAUUCGGUCAAUCAGGACGUCUGCUAAGGUCCUUGCUAUCAACUGCACCAAGUCUCAGCGGCGACAGUCAUCUUCAGCCGAGCCUGAAAUUUUCACUUUCGAUGGUCCGGAUGAGCUGGAUGGCAGUCUAGACUCGGCGUCGCAAUUCUGCAGCCACGACAAAGCACCAGCGCCCGAAAUCAAAAUCACAUUCUCGUUUGUAUCUUCUGUGGAAUGCAUAGAAGUGCCCUCUAGAGUUCUCGCCAUGCCUUCAAUAGCUAGUUCGUCAACGGCGGCGUCAUGGUCGCCAUCCUCUUCAACGCGGGGAACACAGAGCCUGAGGGGCCUUGUGGGUUGGGUAUGCGAGGUUUUGCAUACUUGAGCUUCUAUCUCUUUUUCUCCUUCAAUUUGUUUCUCGUUGUUCUUUCUUCCUUAGUAUCAUUUCCCUUUACUUCCUUUGUUUUUUCUUUUCUUAUACAUUACUAAGAAGAUGGAAUGCACAUUAACGCAGGGUAAGUUUGUGAAUUUUCAGUUCGUGCUUGUGGGAAUGGAUCAAGAAAAGCUUGAUCGAAAUUUUUGUGGCAGCUUUCAAUCAACAGUAAAGUGAAUAUCGUGUUC